AUGGUUACUAAUAAUAUUUUGGGGUCCAUUUCUGAGGUACGGGUGGCUCAGCACUGCCGUACCCCGAGACUAGAUGUCAAGUGUAUCGGCAAGAGGGUGCUUAAGGGAAAAGAGGGCAUGUUGGAGAAUGAGAUUGCAGCGCUCCGCAGACUCAACCAUCCCAACAUGGUGGCAAUGGAGGAGACCUUUCAGACAUCGUCAAAACUGUCUCUUGUUAUGACUCACGUGUCACAAUAGUGUUUACAGGAGGCACGUUUCUGGAGAGGGGGAGCUACACAGAGAGAUGCCAGCCGUGUCCUACUGCAGGUUCUGGAAGCAGUCCAAUAACUCCACCAGCUGGGUAUCGUGCACAGGGACCAGAAUCCUGAGAACUUACUAUAUCAGACUUCGUCUAUAGAUUCGAAUGACUUUGUCCUGUCCAAGUUGGAAGAGCAUGUGCUCACAACAGCAUGUGGACCCCCUGCUUAUGUGGCCUCAUAGCUUCUGCAGCAGAAAUAUUAUGAUAAAGAGGUGGACCUAUGGGCUCUGGGAAAAGAACCAGAGAUGAGGUACAAUUGUGAGCCGGCCUUGAAGCAACCUUGGAUAUCGGGAGGAGCCGCUCUGGAGAAUAACAUACAUGGGUCCAUCAGUGAGCAGAUUCAGAAGAACUUUGCUAAGAGCAAGUGGAAGAGGGCAUUCAAGCUCAGUAAGAAGAAUGUAGCAGUAGAGGAGGAGGCUAAGAUACAGACCAAGGCCAUACUGCAAGCUGGGUCCACCACCCCCCCACCCAGCCUGCCCUCUUCUCCUCUCCACACUGCUGCAGCCGACAGCUAG